AUGGCCGAACCAGAGAAGAAGAGUCCGCCAUCUUCGCAAGAUGGCGCAUCCUGGGCAGAGGACCAGGCAGAAAAACAGCCCAGCAGAACAAGCUCCCGCAGACCAAGCCUCGCACAUCCACACCAGCCUGUCCUGCUCUCGCUCGUGCCCUCCAUCGCAGCAUCCGUACCCCCGGGCAUCACCAGCGACGCCGAGGAAACCACCCGAGAAGAGGUCAAAGAUGGGACAGGACACCUCACGGGUGCUCCGUUGGUGCUCGCCCUGACAGCCCUCAACUUGUCCACCGUCCUCAUCUUCCUCGACAACAGCAUCCUCAGCACGGCCACGCCGACCAUCACGAACGAGUUCCACUCGGUCCAGGAUAUCGGUUGGUACGUCUCGUCGUACCAGCUGGCGCUGUCGGCGCUCCAGCCCAUGACGGGCAAGCUCUUCACCUACCUCCCCAACAAGCAGACCUACAUCGCCUCGGUGCUCCUCUUCGAGCUGGGCUCCCUCAUCUGCGCCCUCUCCACCAGCUCCAACAUGCUCAUCGGCGGCCGCGCGGUCGCGGGCCUCGGCGCCUCGGGCCUCUUCAACGGCGCCCUGACCAUCAUCGCCGCCCUGGUCCCGCUGCGGCGCCGCCCCGCCGUCACGGGCCUGCUCAUGGGCGUCAGCCAGCUCGGCCUCAUCGGCGGUCCCCUCAUCGGCGGCGCCCUGACGCAAUAUUCGACAUGGCGCUGGUGUUUCUGGAUCAACCUCCCCAUAGGUGGCGUCGCCGCCGCAGCCCUCGCCGCCGUGCGCAUCCCCGAGCAGGUGGCCAAGCCGCCCUUCCGCAGCUUCGUCGCGAGGCCGGGCCUGUGGAGGCGCUUCGACCUCGUGGGCACCGCCCUGCUCGUCCCCGCCGUGGUGAUGCUGCUGCUGGCGCUGCACUACGGCGGCGGCGGCGCGUACCCCUGGGGCUCGGCGACGGUGAUCGGGCUGUUCUGCGGGGCCGGGGCGGUGGGUGCGCUGUUCGUCGCGUGGGAGUGGCACGUCGGCGGCGAGGAUGCCAUGAUGCCGCUUAGUAUGUUCCGCGAGAGGGUCGUGCUCGCGGGAAGCCUGACCAACCUGUGCCUAUUCAGCUGCACCUUUAUUACGUCGUACUUCCUGCCGCUGUACUUCCAGUCCGUGCAGGGCUCGUCGCCCUUCACGGCCGGCGUGCAUAUGUUGCCAAGCAUCAUCUCACAGCUCAUCACGGCUGUGCUGAGCGGGUUCGCGGUCAGCAAGCUGGGGUACUAUCUCCCGUGGGCCCUCUUCUCGGCCGUGUUGUCGAGUGUUGGGGCGGGGCUGAUCUCAACCUGGACGGUUGGUACGAACACUGGGACGUGGAUUGGAUAUCAGAUCAUCCUUGGUGUUGGCCGUGGUGCGGGCAUGCAGAUGGCCCUCAUUGCUGUACAAACCGUCCUCCAGCCCUCCCAGAUCGCCGUCGCCAUGGCGAUGCUGACCUUUAUCCAAGGUCUGGGCAGCGCCGUGCUAAUAUCUGUGGCCAACACCAUCUUCGACGACAGCCUCGCAUCCCAGAUCCGCUCCAGGGCCCCGCAUGUCGACCCAAAGGCUGUCAUCGCUGCGGGAGCUACUGCGUUCCGCAAGGUCGUCUCCGCGGAGGACCUGCCGGCCGUGGUGAGGUCGUACGCGGUCUCGUUCGACAGAACCUUUUACCUUGCGGUAGCUUUGUCGGCUUUGUGCUUCUUCACUUCCCUGGGGCUGGGGAACAAUGAUGUCAGGGCGAAGCAGAAGCAGGGCGAGGCUGCGACGGAGAGUCGCGAGGAGAAAAGAGAUGACACCAAUGUUUGA